AUGGUGCGUUUAGUUUUUGUGGCCGUGUUAAUUACAGCGGCUGUAGUCUUUGGUGCGACGAGAAAACCUUAUUACGACAUCAACGACGCGUCGGCGUUAUUCGAAAAAUAUGUUAGGGAUUACCACAAAGUAUACAAGAACGAAGCAGAUCGCGCCGAACACUAUGCAGCCUUCGUUAAUACGUUGAAAGUUAUAAAUAAAGCGAACGCUGAAAAUAGCGCGACGUUUGAUCUGAACCAAUUCGCAGAUUACACACCCGAAGAACAGAAGUGGCUUCACGGUUUAUUACCUCUAAAUCAGUAA